UUGUACUUAACGUUACUCACGAGAUCAGCGCGACUUGCACCGAUUUCGACGCGACGCGUAGCGACGUCCAGCAAUGGCCGCGCCCAAUAUUCCCAACCCGCAGCUCAACCUCUCCCAGCCGUUUUCGAAUGGCACCAGGCCGCACAUGUUCCCCCAAGCAUCUCGGGAACGUAUCCAGAUGAUGAUCCGGCGUGCGCAACAACUCGCGCAGGAAGGACACUCUGCAGAAACAUCUCCCGAGUAUGCCAAAAUCUGUCAGGUACUUUCUCAGCUUCAGGCAGGGCAAUCAAAUGCCCCCGAUCAGCGACCACUGCUCAACGGCCACACUCCAACAGCCAACGGGACGAUAAACGGGAACGCGCUUAUGUCGGGACCCGUCCCGGCACACCCACACCCCUCUGCGCCGCACACGCCCGUCUCGUUCACAUCCGAGCAAAUCGUGGCUCUUCGGGCGCAGAUCAAAGCAUUCAAGCUUCUCUCACACAACCAGCCGGUCCCGGACUCGAUCCAGGAAACGAUGCGUGUGCCCCAUCAGAGCAUGUCUGACAUGGAGAAGCUGCUCCAGGGCGCAGACGUAAACGCGCGUGUAGUCGAUGGUGCGGUCAAGAUGUACAAGGGUGCGGGCGGUAGCGUCGCGGGUGUGCCCGAGCAGGUACCGGUCGCGGGUGCCACAGCAGGAGCAGCGGUGGUGGUAGGAGGAGUGGCAGAAAUACUGGACGGCAUCAAGGCGGAGGACGUGGAUAUGAACGCGGCGGACCUGCCGAAAGGUCCGUUCAUCGAGGACGACGUCAACUCGGGCAUCUACCCGUACAACGCAUACCUGCAUCCGCUCGAGCAUCUGAAACUAGACAGUGCGAAGACGGCCGGGAUGCUCGCCUCGCGGCUGCAGCGGCUGCUCGUCCCGACGCUUAUGCCGGCCGGGCUCGAUCCGCAACAGGUGAUUGCGGAGCGCAAUAGAUAUGUGGAUGCACGGAUUGAGCAGCGGAUCCGCGAGCUCGAGCAGCUGCCGGCGACGAUGGGCGAUGGCGGGCUGGAGAAUCCGCUGGACGAAGCGAUGAAGGAGGACAAGGAGAACGCGGACGAGUCCGCGGUGGCGCACGCGCCCAUGCACCCGAGCCCACACGCGCAGGGGAAGUUGCGCGCAUUGAUCGAACUCAAAGCGCUUCGGGUGCUCGACAAGCAGCGGCAGAUGCGUGCUCUCGUGGCGGAGCGGCUCACGCAUGGAUCGUUGCUGCCGCUGAACCGGGCAGACUUCCGGCGAAUUCGCAAGCCUACGUUCAAGGAUGCGCGGUCGACAGAGGCGGCGGAGCGCAAGCAGCGCGUGGACCGUGAGCGGCGGGCGAAACAGAAACACGUCGAGCAUCUUGGCGUCAUCUGCCAGCAUGGCCGCGAUGUCAUUGCCGCCAAUAGGGCCGUGCAGGACCGCAUUGCGCGACUUGGCAAGGCCGUGCUAUCGUUCCACGCGCACACUGAGAAGGAAGAGCAGAAACGUAUUGAGCGUAUCUCCAAGGAGCGUCUCAAGGCACUGAAGGCUGAUGAUGAAGAGGCGUACAUGAAGCUCAUCGACACGGCCAAGGAUACCCGUAUUACCCACCUGCUCAGGCAGACGGAUGCUUAUCUCGACUCGCUCGCGCAGGCCGUGAUGGAGCAACAGCGGGGCGAUUCAAUCAUUGAUGUGCCCCAGCAAUACGAUGACGAGGGCCCCACGAACGAGGCGACGUUUGGUGCUCAGAAGUUUGAAGAUGACACAGAAGACAAGGGGAAAUUGGAUUACUAUGCUGUAGCCCAUCGGCUCAAAGAAAAGGUCACGAAGCAGCCGAGCUUGCUUGUGGGCGGCACUCUUAAGGAGUAUCAGAUCAAAGGCUUGCAAUGGAUGGUCAGCUUGUAUAACAACAAGCUCAAUGGUAUUUUGGCAGACGAGAUGGGUCUUGGCAAGACCAUCCAGACGAUCUCGCUAAUCGCCUUCUUGAUGGAGACGAAGAAGCAGCGAGGCCCGUAUCUUGUCGUCGUCCCGCUGUCGACAAUGACCAAUUGGUCUGGCGAAUUUGCGAAGUGGGCACCGGCUGUCAGGGUGAUUGCAUACAAGGGUAAUCCCCAGCAGCGUAAGAUCCUCCAGAGCGAGAUCCGUUCUGGCAACUUCCAGGUUCUGCUCACGACGUAUGAGUACAUUAUCAAGGAUCGGGCGCAUCUCGCUCGCCCUAGAUGGGUACAUAUGAUCAUCGAUGAGGGUCACCGAAUGAAGAACACUCAGAGCAAGCUUUCGCAGACGCUCACGCAGUUCUACCACUCACGAUACCGGCUCAUUCUCACUGGAACGCCACUGCAGAACAAUCUGCCCGAGUUGUGGGCGCUCCUGAACUUCGUCCUCCCCAAGAUCUUCAACUCGGUCAAGUCUUUCGACGAGUGGUUCAACACGCCGUUCGCGAAUUCUGGUACAGGCGACAAGAUCGAGUUGAACGAAGAAGAAGCGCUGCUUAUUAUCCGUCGUCUGCACAAGGUGCUUCGUCCGUUCUUAUUGCGCCGUCUGAAGAAAGACGUCGAGUCGGAACUGCCGGAUAAAGUUGAGAAGGUCAUCAAGGUCCGUAUGAGUGCUCUGCAAUCGCAGCUGUACAAGCAGAUGAAGAAGUACAAGAUGAUCGCCGACGGGAAGGAUUCCAAGGGCAAAUCAGGUGGUGUGAAAGGUCUGAGUAAUGAGCUCAUGCAGCUGCGCAAGAUUUGCCAGCACCCAUUCUUGUUCGAGAGUGUCGAGGACAAGGUCAACCCUCAGGGUAUCAUCGAUGACAAGAUCAUCAGGACGUCCGGCAAGAUUGAGCUCUUGUCCCGAAUCCUGCCCAAGUUCUUUGCUACAAAUCACAGAGUCCUCAUCUUCUUCCAGAUGACGAAAGUCAUGGAUAUCAUGGAGGAUUUCCUCAAGAUGAUGGGAUGGAAGUACCUCCGAUUAGACGGUGGAACGAAAACUGAAGACCGUGCAGGUCACGUAGCAGAGUUCAACGCACCCAAUUCGGAAGUCAAGGUCUUCAUUCUGUCAACGAGGGCUGGUGGUCUCGGUCUCAAUCUUCAGACUGCGGAUACGGUCGUCAUUUUUGAUAGUGACUGGAAUCCACACGCCGAUCUUCAGGCUCAGGAUCGUGCCCAUCGUAUCGGUCAGACCAAAGUUGUCCGGAUCUUACGAUUUAUCACGGAGAAGAGUGUGGAGGAAGCAAUGUUCGCAAGAGCCCGUUACAAACUCGAUAUCGACGACAAGGUCAUCCAGGCUGGUCGAUUCGACAAUAAGUCUACCCAGGAGGAGCAAGAAGAGUUUUUGCGUUCCAUCCUCGAAGCCGACCAGGAGGAAGAGAACGAGGAAGCAGGCGACAUGAAUGAUGAGGAGAUUAACGAGAUCAUUUCUCGUAGCGAGGACGAAGAAAGGAUUUUCCGUGACAUCGACAUUAAGCGAGAGCGUGACGCUCAAGAGGCCUGGAAGGCUGCAGGUCAUCGCGGCAAGCCACCGCUACCGUUGAUGCAGUUGGAAGAGCUGCCCGAGUGUUAUCGCGCGGACGAGCCCUUCGACAAUAGGGACGAACUCGAGGAGAUGGAGGGUCGCGGCCACCGUCGGAGAGCUAUUGUCAAUUACACGGACGGUCUCAGUGACGACCAGUGGGCAUUGGCGCUGGAGGAAGGCGAGGACCUCCAAGAGUUGUCGGAGCGGACGCGAGAGAAGAAGGAGAGACGGGCAGUGAACAAGAUCAUGAAGGAGCUUGAUUCAGCUGGCUCUCCAUCUGCCGACUACGAGACCCCGCGCGGACGCAAGGCCCGGAAGGGUAAGGGACGAGCGAGUGAGGACACUCCUUCCAAUGGCAAGCGGAAACGUGCCAAGGCGAUGUCCGUUACUCCGUCAAUACAGGGCGACGAGGAGGAAGAAAGGGACACCAAACGUCGGAAGACAAAAGCGGCUGAAGUCCCUCCUCCAAUGCGCGAGAAGAUGAAAAAGGCGUUUAACGAGAUCUACCGCGCCGUUCUCGCAUGCGAAGUGGAUGGCCGUAAACGUUGCGAGUUAUUCAGAGAGGUGCCUGAUAGGAGGGAGUAUCCGGACUACUACCAACUUAUCAAACAGCCCAUUGCUUUGUCGACACUACGCAAACGUCUCCAGGGUACAUAUUAUAGGAACGUCCUGGACUUCCGGGACGACUGGAGACUCAUGUUCAACAACGCGCGGACCUACAAUCAGGAAGGCUCCUGGGUGUACGUCGAUGCCGAGGAGAUGGAGAAAGUAUUCGACGCGCAGUACGAGAGGCUCAUUGUCGGUUCGGAUCUCCCUGGGGCUCCCCCAGCACCUAUUAGCUCGUCUGGCAUAUACGACCCCUUGACUCCUGUAGAUGACGACGAGCGUGUGCCGACAAAGAGCAAGGGCGGGCGGAAGCAGAUCCUCAGCGACGACGAAUAUUUGACCAAUCCUAGUGAUGAUGAGUAGAGGGCGAACCUUGGAUGUACAUUUUUAUUCAUUUUCUUGUGCACUGUACUGUAUUGUAUCCUGGUUCCAUAUAUUUCUGAGGGGAUAGCGGAAGGCUGUGAUGGUGGCACAAGGGAGGCUUGGAAUGUAUUCUUGCUCUCAACGCGGGCAGCUUUGCAAUCAUGGUCAUGCGGCCAAGACGUUCAUAUGUUCGCGUUCCGCGAUGAAUAUACCCAUUUGAACUCUUUGCAGACCUCCAAGCGAAAUUCGGAUAACUGAAAUUCGAGGAUCGUUCAUGUUGAUGAUCAACUUGUUGACCGUGACGCUUGGAAGUCUCGGAUUGUAUGGAGAGGACCGUUUUCUUUACGUUCUCUUCCAGUUAUAGCACAUUUGCGAGCGCCUGUAUUAAGCCAGG